AUGCAUCUAGUUGGGAAAUUUGCGUUCGUGUUAUCAAUAUGGGCCGUUGUUCAGUGUUCGCCAUUCGACGAUGGAAAAUAUAGACAUAAAACAUAUGAUUUUUAUGACGAUGGGAAAUACUACAGGCCCUUAGAUGAAGGCAAAUAUAUUCCCGGGGAUGAGGGAAAGUACAACUACAUUUAUCAACAAGGAGUGUAUCCUUAUGAUGGAACGUACAGACAUUUGGAAAGAGGCGAUUCCAAUGAUUACAUUGGAUUCCAAAUAUACGCUCCUCGCUACCCCUUCUUAUAUAGUGUAAUAAAAGCGUUAAUUAGUAAAUAUGUAUCGCCAGACAGCCUUGGUCUUAAAGAUGGUUUAGUUAGCAGCUCAAGUUUCAAUAACUUUGAUAAAAUAAAGCCGGAUGAAGAAGUCGCUCUGAAGUGUGAACCCCUAGAGAAUGAAUCUAAAAAUACAACAGAAAUUGUAACACAAUAUCCACCGUACCUUAAUUUGAAGGAGGGAGAAAAAUUAGGAUCGCUUUAUAACUUCAAAGGAAGUAAAGUUUUAAGUGAUUUGUCUAAUUCUUCGAAAAAUAAAGUUAAAUUAGAAUACGAAGUAUUCGUUAGAAUCAUUGAAGAUGUGAGCGAGUGAUAUAUUUAUAAAAAAAAAAACGUUGCCUAACUCUGACUACGUGUAAUGCAAGUGAAACCUAAAUUAUAGUAAAACAAUUUUACAUU